ACUAUUUAAACGGCACCUCUCUCACUUCCCUUUCUUGGAAGUUGUUUCGAGUCAGAGACCCGUCAGGAAGUGUGUCAAGAAACCUUGUUUAUUGCAGAAAGUCAGCAUACGCCAUGUCUGAGAAAUCACAGGGGACUUUAUUAAUGAAAUGUAACGUGUCUUUUCCUCUCAAACAAGGACGAUGGCAGCGACAAGCCGGGUCUUCUCGCUGGCUGCACUGCUCUCUCUGACAUUCACGGUGGCACACAGCCACAGCGGGGCGACAGACACCUACCAUGUGAGCGUCGGCCGCCUCUUUCUGCUGAGGUGCCUGUUUGCUGAUGACCACACCAAGGUGACGUGGAGCAAAGAGGGGAGGCAGCAUGACCUCGGCCUGCCCUCCGGAGUGGAGGUCAGGGACGGGGUGCUGUGGUUUCUAAAUGUGCAGAUGUCCCAUAAUGGAUUCUACAAAUGUGAGAAAAGGGACCAGACCGGAGUAACCAAUGUGACGUUUGGGGUGUCAGUGUCCAGCGGAGAGUGUCCUGAUCCAGCUGAAAACAAACGCAUCGACAAGGGAGGCAACGACGGUCUGGCUUGCAAACAGCCAGAGAUCUUCAGGCUGAACAACACCAGGAACGUACGAUGGAUGAAGGACUGCCAGCCGGUGGAGCGACCAGAGGAGCACUUCUUUGUGCAGGAGGAUGGCUUCAUGAGACUGACUCCUGCCACAAAGGGGGAUGCUGGGAAAUACACCUGCCUGGUAGACAUUAGCUUGAACGGCAGGAAGUACACCGCCGCACGCAGCGCUGUCCUCACUAUUAACAAACAGAUUGCAGUCGUUCCAGUUCCUGAGGUGCUGUAUCCUCAACAGGAAGUGGUCGUGGUUGAAGAAGGCGGGAGAGUGGAGCUGCACUGUCGAGCCUACAUUGGCUACAGUGAGAACCCGGUGACCCUCAUGUAUUGGACUGUUGACGGGAACGAUUCUGAAGAAUACAAGGAACUCAAUGAUACCUGGAAAUUUUCUCCCGAGAGAGACAAGGUGUACGGUAACGCCACUCUGUUCAUCUCUAAAGUUCGUCGGCAGUUCCUGAACGUCCCCAUCUAUUGCCAUGUAUCCACCACAGGUGGACAAAAAUACGGCGUUGUGUGGCUUCAAGAAGCCGACCACAGCGCCCUCUACACCAGAGUGGCUCUGUGCCUCGCCGCCUUGCUGGCUGUUCUGGGCCUCGCCGUCGCCUAUCUCUUCUUUAAAGUGGAGCUGGUGUUGGCUCACAGGAAACUGAUGAGCCAUUUCUCCAAACGAGCUCCCGACGGGAAGCUCUACGACGCCUACGUGAGCUUCCUCCCUCCCGACACCACGAGUUCGGCAGAGACGGCGAGCUUGGCCCUGCACGUCCUCCCCGAGGUGCUGGAGAAACAACAUGGCUACUCGCUGUACAUCAGAGGACGGGACGACUGCCCCGGAGAAGCGGUGCACGAUGCCAUUGCUGCUACAGUGCGUCAGUGCCGCAGACUGAUAAUCAUCCUGUCGCCUGACAUCAACACAGAGGAAGUGUCACUGCGUGACAACCAAACCCAGCUGUGCUACGAGCAGAAAGUUGGCCUUCACGACGCUUUGACCCAGAACGAACCCCGAGUGAUUUUGGUGGAGAUCGACGGUCCGGUGGAUUACACCUGCCUGCCAGAGUCACUGCGUUAUAUCAAGAGGAAACAAGGAGCUCUGAAGUGGAAGAAACCCUCCCCGGGAUCACACAAACUCACCAAGUUGCGCUCAAACAGAAACUUCUGGAAGAAUCUGAGGUACCACAUGCCCUCAGUGCCUGCAGGGAGCCUCCAGACUGUUGUUUAACCAAGUGAAACACAGGACACAACACAGACGCGGUGCUUUGUUACACUAGGACCUUUACAUCAGGCCCGUUUCCCAGGAAGGGAGGUUCUUGGAUUUCUUCCUUGAACAGAACAGGAAUACCUCAUGAAUGAAACUGCUCUGUUCCACAGAAUACAGACGUCAAUCCUUUACAAUUUGGUUUCCAGAACAAAGAGGAUACCAUGGACGGAUUAAGAGACAAUGGGCCCCCGAGUACAGACAUGUUAAAGGCGCCAACACCUCUCCUACAUGCUGUAGGAGCAAGACACAAAGACUUUACAGUUGUUUAGGCUCUUUUUGUGGUUGUUUUGUGUCUCUUUGUGGUCAUUUUGCAUCUCUUUGUUGUUGUUUUGCAUCUCUUUGUGGUCAUUUUGCAUCUCUUUGUUGUUGUUUUGCAUCUCUUUGUAGUCAU